GAGGCCGCGGGGCAGCGACGUCGCUGGGCAGCGGAGCGGCGGCCGCGCCAUGUGGCUGCUGUGGCCGCUGUGCCUGCUGCUGAGCAGCACCGCGGAGAGCCAGCUGCUCCCUGGGAACAACUUCACCAACGAGUGCAACAUCCCAGGGAACUUCAUGUGCAGCAACGGCCGGUGCAUUCCAGGUGCCUGGCAGUGUGACGGGCUGCCUGACUGCUUCGACAAGAGUGAUGAGAAGGAAUGCCGUGAGUGGCCGCCUGUGGUUGUGGGCAGGGCCAAAGCGAAGUCAAAAUGUGGCCCCACCUUCUUCCCCUGUGCCAGCGGCAUCCACUGCAUCAUCGGCCGCUUCCGCUGCAAUGGCUUUGAAGACUGUCCUGAUGGCAGCGACGAGGAGAACUGCACAGCAAACCCACUGCUCUGCUCCACCGCCCGCUACCACUGCAGGAAUGGGCUGUGCAUUGACAAGAGCUUCAUCUGCGAUGGACAGAAUAACUGUCAAGACAACAGUGAUGAGGAGAGCUGCGAGAGUUCUCUAGAACCAGGCAGUGGGCAGGUGUUCGUGACCUCGGAGAACCAGCUCGUGUACUACCCCAGUAUCACAUACGCCAUCAUCGGCAGCUCUGUCAUCUUUGUGCUAGUGGUGGCCCUGUUGGCACUGGUCCUACAUCAUCAGCGAAAACGAAACAACCUCAUGACUCUACCUGUGCACCGGCUGCAGCAUCCUGUACUGCUCUCUCGCCUGGUAGUCCUGGACCACCCCCAUCACUGUAACGUCACCUACAACGUCAAUAAUGGUGUUCAGUAUGUGGCUAGCCAGGCUGAACAAAAUGCGUCAGAAGUAGGCUCUCCACCCUCCUACUCAGAGGCCCUGCUGGACCAAAGACCUGCGUGGUAUGACCUUCCUCCUCCACCCUAUUCAUCUGACACCGAGUCUCUGAACCAAGCUGACCUGCCUCCUUAUCGCUCACGGUCAGGUAGUGCCUACAGUGUCAGUGCUGACAGCAGCCACAGCCCAGAGCAGCCUGGCCCUCCAGAGGGCCCUGCUGAGCCCAGAGACUCUGUGCACAUUGAGGGCACUGAAGAAGUAGAAAACUAAAGUGAUUCCAAAGUCCAUGUGGGUAGAUCUGCUCCACCUUGUUGAAUUCUGACAGCCUGUGCUCAUGAGACGCUCUUUGAGCUCCCUUUGAGGAUGUCUCAAGUUGAAGUUUGGGGUGCUGAUUGCUCUCCAUCACCAUCUCUUCCUCCAGAUUUCAGGGAUGUUCUUUGUAAUGACCUGGCACUCCUCUGCCCUCUUAGUUGACAUGAUGUGUUGUCAUCUUCCACGAGGUCACUGUUCCUUCAGGGCCUGUGAUUAGAGCCUCCUGCUUCAGAUGACUGUGCUACUAUUGGUCCACCCAGUAGAUUUGUGCCUGGGCAGGCAGCAGGAUGAAGCCAUAUGUAAGUGUCUUUGGUGGGUUAUGGGGCCAUGUUGCUCAUUUGGGUGAGAAGACACCAAAAGGCCAUCAUCAGAGGGUGCUCCAGAAUUGUCCAGGGGAACAUCAAAUCCCCCCCUUACACUGUCCUGUUCAUCGUUCUUACCGCAGCUGAGGCCAAAGAAUAAUUCUGAUAUGAACAACAGCUUUUGGCUCUCAGCUCUCUCGUUUGGUUUUGUGAUAGAUUCUGCCUGGCCUUAUAAAUUUGUCUAAGAAUCCUAAUUUUGAGAGCUUUUGCUAGAAGUGCAGAUCUUCAGCAUCAUCCUUGAAAAAGUAGGAAAACCCUGCCACUGUUGAAAACCCUCAACUCCUAAUGUGUAGGUUACCAGAGCCUGGGUCUGCCUUGACCUCAUGGUCCUUUUCCUGGCUUCUGGAUUGUCCCCUUCCAAGAUGACUUGGCAUAGCUAAGGAUGAGGACCCAAAUUAAGUUGGCCAAAACCGUGAUCAAGCCCUUCACUCCAAUAAAACAGGCCCAGUCUGACGUACUCAUACAUGCAGCUCCAGGCUCCUAAGUUCCCUAAACACCUGGGAGUCUAUUUCCCAUGUGCAUUUGGACUUAAGGACACUCCUAGAAGUCUUAACUUAGGUGAGAACCACAUUCAAUACCACCUGUGAGAACUCUCAGGUCACUGUACUGCACACACAGACCCAGGAACGGUGCACCAAGUCGGAGUUAGGAUAGAAUGAGGGUCAGGUCCAACCAAACAUCCUGGCAGUUUCUCCUAUGAGAGAAGUGGGCAAUAGAUAACUUGGAGUCAAGAUUUCCCAUUGGAUUUUUUAAAGUCUCUUAGAAAUGCAUUUGAAACGGUGUGUUUGUUUUUUUCCCUUCUAGUUAAGGGACUAUUUAUAUGUGUAUAGGAAAGUUAUCUGUUUGAUUUUGUUUUUGUUUCUCUUUUGGCGAGGUCCAAAGAAAGAUGCAAAAAGAAAUGCUGCCUUUCCCCAGCCCCAUCCCAUAGUGUCACCUCAGACUCACCUACAUGCCCAGCAUUUACAUUGGGGCAUUUUGGAGUCACUAUUUAUCGAGUUCUUGAAAAAUGCAGAGGGACAAGUCCCCAUCCAUUGUCUGUAUGUUUAAACUACCUUUCCGCUCUCUUGAUGCCUAGCCAGCCCUAGUGCAUGACACCACCACCCACCCCCACCAACCAGGCAAUAAUGGGUAAACCAUACUAGCCAGGGACAAAACUGGAACCAGGUGAUGCCACCUCAGGCAGCUGCCACCCAUUCAAAGCCUUUUCCACAGCUGACGAAACUCUCAAUAACCUGUUCGAUGCUAAUUAAAAUGGAGCCUGCAGGAAGCAGGGACAAAGUGGCCUUCAAUGAUGCUGUUCCGUUGACUUUCCUUUUUAAAUAAAUCCAAACUAGACAGCUGGAAAGCUAGCCUCUUGGGGUUUUGUUUGUUUGUUUGUUUUUGUUUUGCUUAAAUAAGCCUAGC